AACAAAGAUCUACAAAUCUGGGUUCAUGAUGGAGUCAUUAUGUCACAGAGACUAGAAGAAUUAAGCACGAAUAUGAUGAGCAAUACUAAUGCAAAGUAGACUAACUUGGCAUUUUUAUUUAAAUGACAGGCUGUUAUUCCGCAGCGAACAAAAUAUGGAAAUAUGAUGUUAGAGUUGUCCUUGUAGUCUGUAGAGCUCCACCUCUGGCUAAGUGCGCACGGAGUGGGCGGUUUCAGAACACACAUAUACAAACACACACACAGGCGCACGCAAACGUACACGCGCGCGCACGCAUAUUAUGGACUGCAACCUGCUAAUUCCUGUUAGACUCUCAUACACAGCCUGUAAGAGUAGGUGACCGUCACCGACACCACUUAAACUAUUAAAGGGCGGCUUUUGUCAGUGCGCAGCGUUGGAAAAUCGUAAAUUUUGGAGAGCAAACUUAUCCGCUUAAAGUAAAAUGGCUUGUUUCAGAGGACUUGUUAUUCUUUUAUUGAUGCACUUCGUAUCAAACGGUGUCGUUUGACAGACUUACCGGAGCGCUCAGAAUAAAGUUUCUCAUGGUGCACUUUAUCCUGAAGCAGCACCGCGCGCUACGGGAAUCAGAAAUGAAAGCAGAACCGACACUAUUUUGCACAUUUCUCUUAAGGAAGUAUUUCAGAUGGCUUGAUUCACGUGUCUUUUCUCGCUUUUGAUCUGCGGCUACGACCGAUAACCGCGCUCUCGGACGGACUUUGGUGUAGGUUACCAUUACGCCUAUUUUACAUUUGGAUAGGCGACUGAAGCUCCAAGCCAGACACACUUGGGACUCCGGAGAGCACAGCGCGACAACACCAUGACCAGCUGCUGGCUUGCCUUGGUCGGAUUGUGGUGGAGCGCUUAUUACUGCAUGUUCCUGGUCGCGGGGAGUAAUUAUUCACUGGAUGGAAACAACGAAGUGCAACCGGGUUUCAUCCACCGACGGCUGCGAACGCACGAGAAGAGGGAGAUGCAGAAGGAGAUCCUGUCCAUCCUCGGGCUGCCGCACAGACCGAGACCACAUCUGUCACACGGAAAGUACAACUCCGCUCCACUUUUCAUGUUGGACUUAUACAACACUAUAUCUAGCGAGGAGAAAAGCCAAGUGGAAGGCAUCCUGGACCGAUAUCAGUCCAUGCGGACGACCCAGAGUCCUCUGGCCACAUACCAAGAAACUGGCUUUCUGAAUGAUGCAGAUAUGGUGAUGAGCUUCGUUAAUCUCGUGGAGUACGACAGGGAGCUCUCUCCGCAGCGGCGUCACCACAAGGAGUUUAAGUUCAACCUCUCGCAGAUCCCAGAGGGCGAGGCCAUCACCGCAGCAGAGUUUCGCCUCUAUAAGGAGUGUGUGAGCCGCGCCUUCCUCAAUGACACCUUCCUACUCAAAGUCUACCAGGUUGUCAAGGAGCACCCUGACAGAGAGGCAGACCUGUUCCUGCUGGAGUCUCGCAGGCUGUGGGCAGCUGAGGAAGGCUGGCUGGAGUUUGACAUCACUGCCACCAGCAACCUGUGGGUGAUGAGCCCGGUGCACAAUCUGGGCCUGCAGGUCAGCGUGGAGACCAGCAGUGGGCAGAGCAUCAGCUCCAAGGAGGCGGGGCUCGUAGGACGUGACGGUGCGCUGGAGAAGCAGCCUUUCAUGGUGGCGUUCUUCAAAGUCAGUGAAGUGCAAAUCCGCAGCGCCCGCUCCACUGGCGGAAAACGUCGCCAGCAGAACCGCAACCGAUCCACGCAACCACAGGAGGGAUCCAGAGGGCUUGGCCCAGCAGAUUACAACAGCAGCGAUCAGAAGACGGCAUGCAGAAGACACGAGCUCUACGUCAGCUUCAGAGAGCUGGGCUGGCAGGACUGGAUCAUUGCUCCUGAAGGCUAUGCAGCCAACUACUGUGAUGGAGAGUGCUCCUUCCCCCUCAAUGCCCACAUGAACGCCACCAACCACGCCAUUGUGCAGACCCUGGUGCACCUGAUGAACCCAGAGAACGUACCAAAGCCAUGCUGUGCCCCCACCAAGCUCCACGCCAUCUCCGUGCUCUACUUCGACGACAACUCCAACGUCAUUCUGAAGAAAUACAAGAACAUGGUGGUGCGGGCCUGCGGCUGCCACUGACACCGACAUUGAGGGCUAAUCAUUUUUGAUUGGAAGUCUGGUCGCAAAGGGCUGCAUCUGCACCAGUGACUCCUGUGUGAUGUUGACCUCAACUUCAGUAGACACCAGCUCCCUGCCCAAAUGGCCCUGAAAGAUCAUUCCCAUGUUCUAUUCAAAUAAUCUUGAACAGUUCAAAACAUCCAUCUGAUAACUUAAACGUUUUCGAAUUCAUCAUACUAAGAGGGGACCAUUAUGGACGUUGUCUAUAGGAAACUUCACCCUACAGUGUUGAGCCACCAAGUUGUCAAUCACCUUCUCUAUUAGCUGUGCAGUCUUCACUUCAUUGGUCUGCAACUGAGUGAGUGAGUGAGUGAGUGAAUGUGUGUGUGUGUGUGUGUGUGUGUGUGUGUGU